AUGUCUAAUGCUAAUACUUCUCACAAUGAGAUUACUACAGAGAUUAAUAGUAAUAAUAAUACAAACGCUGGUAUGGGACGAUCAGUUAGUAGUGCACGUUUUCAAGUAGCGAAGGUGUCUAGUAAUGAUUCGAAUACCGAUACAUCAUUGGGGAAAGCAAUUAGUAUUCCAAAUAGUUUACCAUCAAUCGUUCAACCAUCGUCAGCUCCAACUGAUAAAAAAAUUAAAAUAUUAAUUGGUGAUGAUGAUAGUGAACAUAGUAGUACAGCAUCUGGUUUAGUACUACCAAUAAAUAUUCAUAAUAACCGUAUGCAAAUGGAAGAUAAAGAUAGAGAAAUAAAUCCUUAUGAUACAAUUGAUGCUUUACCACAUGUUGAUCAUUAUAGAAAUUUAUUUUCAGUAACAUCGCCUGGACCAAAAAGUCGACCAACACUUGAAGCAUUACAUGAAACAUCACAUUUUUCAUCAAAACUUCGAUUAGGAUCAACAAUUGAUUUAAACAGUGAAAUGAUAAGUGUAGUAGAACCACGAAUGGAUCAACCAUCACAAUUAGAUAUAAAACCAAGAAUUCAAGUUGUAAAAUUUGGAUGGAUUGUUGGUGUUCUUAUUCGAUGUGUAUUAAAUAUAUUUGGUGUUAUGCUUUUUCUUCGUUUAUCAUGGGUUACGGGACAAGCUGGUAUGGGUUUAGCAUGUCUUAUCGUUAUAAUUUCAACAGCAGUAACCGUUAUAACAGCUGUAUCAAUGAGUGCUAUUUGUACAAAUGGAGAAGUUAAAGGUGGUGGAACAUAUUAUUUAAUAUCUCGUAGUCUUGGUCCUGAAUUUGGUGGUGCUAUUGGUUUAAUUUUUUCUUUUGCUAAUGCAGUUGCAGCUGCUAUGUAUGCAGUUGGUUUUGCUGAAACAGUUCGUGAUCUUCUUAAAGAACAUGGUGUAAAAAUAUUUGGUACUGUUGUUGAUGGAAAUUCUGUUAAUGUUGUUCGAGUAAUCGGUGUUAUUACAAUGACAUUUAUAUUAGGUAUUGCUUUGAUUGGUAUGCGUGGUGAAACUGUUGUACAAAUAACAUUACUUAUUACAUUAUCAGCAUCUUUAUUAAAUUUUUUUAU